AAUCAGUCGGUUUGCAGACUUUCGCGUGUGCGGUGCUAACAAAUAAGCAAAAAGCAACAAACGCCGCCAAAGACAGCGACAGAGACAGAGAGACAGUGAGAAAGAGAACGAACAUACAUAUGUACAUAUGUGUAGAUCGAGGAAUCUCGGAUUAGGGCGAGAUUUGUUGACAGUUUGAAUCAAGUGCAAAGCGAGUGGGAAAUAGUUCAAUUAUUGUCGAGAACAACUCGCAGCAGCAGAAACUGUAGCUGUAGCAGAAUAGGCUGUGUUUGAUUUACAUAAUUAUCAAGUGGAGUGUGAAAGAAAUUCCAAAAAGUCCCAUCAAACAAGAAGAACUAGAAUCGAAAUAUAUUCGUAACGGAACCUCGCUUUCCGGGUGAGAGAGGAGCGAAGAGGAGUGUUUCAAGCAGAGGCUCAUUAGCCUUACAUGCAUUAAAUUGCAUAACCCAGCAGCAGCAGCCGCAGCAGCAGUGGCAGUACCAGUACCACCUGAAGAAGAAUCAGAACGAGUAGAAGAUGAUGCUCCACUUACGUCACUGGCCAUUAAUGCUGGCCAUCGCUUCCUGCAUUGGCCCGGCCUCAACAACAGCCACAUCCACAUCCACAACGACAUCAUCUUUAUCCUCCAUACCAGGCAAAUAUCAGGCCUUGGGUGCAGCAGCUCAACACCAGCCCAAGAAACUGAAAAUAGGAGCUGGAGCUGGAGCUGGAGCGGCAGUCAACGCUUCCUCAUUGGGUGCAGCAGCCGGCGGUGGCGGCCGUAAACCUGUAUUCCGGCAAAAUCCGAUCAAGAAUUGGCUUGGUUCCUUCAAUCGCAAUAAUUCGCCGGCAGCUCAGAACCAAACAUCUCCGACAUGUUCCUGCAGAUGUGGCGAGCGGAACGAUGAGUCCAGGAUAGUGGGAGGCACCACGGCUGGGGUCAGCGAGUACCCCUGGAUGGCUCGGCUGAGCUACUUCAAUAGGUUCUACUGUGGCGGGACACUGAUUAACGACCGCUACGUGCUGACAGCGGCGCACUGCGUCAAGGGGUUCAUGUGGUUCAUGAUCAAGGUGACCUUCGGAGAGCACGACCGCUGCAACGACAAGGAGCGGCCCGAAACGCGCUUCGUACUGCGCGCCUUCAGCCAGAAGUUCAGCUUCUCCAACUUCGACAACGACAUCGCCCUGCUCCGACUGAACGACAGGGUGCCCAUCACCAGCUUCAUUCGCCCCAUCUGCCUGCCACGCGUGGAGCAGCGCAACGAGCUGUUCGUGGGCACCCGUGCUAUCGCAACCGGCUGGGGCACCCUCAAGGAGGACGGGAAGCCCUCGUGCCUGUUGCAGGAGGUCGAGGUCCCGGUGCUGGACAACGAGGAGUGCGUGGCCCAAACCAACUACACCCAGAAGAUGAUCACCAAGAACAUGAUGUGCUCCGGCUAUCCGGGAGUGGGUGGACGCGACAGCUGUCAGGGCGACUCCGGCGGGCCCUUGGUUCGGCUGCGUCCGGACGACAAACGCUUCGAGCAGAUCGGUAUCGUCUCCUGGGGAAAUGGAUGUGCGCGACCCAACUAUCCGGGGGUCUACACUCGAGUGACUAAGUAUCUCGACUGGAUUGUGGAGAACUCGCGGGAUGGCUGCUUCUGCGACGAGGAUUACUGACUGUUAGUCACGGCAGUGAACCAUUCAUCGCCCUAGUUUUAGUUUAUCUCUUAGUUGUGUAGUCCAUAUAUUUUUUUCUAUUUUUUUUGCAUUCUUAUAUUAAAACAACUGAAUAAAGUUAAACAAUGCAGUAGGUUAGAUAUCCAAAAAACAUA